UUGGACAGCGUAGAUCCAUGGCGGUGCCGUUGCUUUCCUCUAUAAGCUUUUUUGCUGAAACGCAACAACGCCCAUUCUCUCACCAAAGGACAGAGCGACACACGCAUACACUUUUAGAUAGAGAGAGAGAGAUUCUCAUUUCUUUCUCUUCUGUCGUUCAACUCCAAAUCUUCAUCCCCAUUAUUUGCUUCUUUAUUAUCCUUUCAAUUCCUCCUCUUAAUCAUUCAUCAUUACGCCUACCCACAGAGUUUCCAGCCAUUUUUCAACCCUUUUUGCCCCAACCCCAUUUCUUCUUUUUUCCUCAAAUGCUCAUCCUCUUCCUCUUCUAGGGUUUUUCACUUCUCUUCUUUUGUCUAUUCUGAGUGGCUUAUGGUUCCCACAUCGGAAGGCUUUCUUGAUUUCUAUCUCUGCUUCUAUUGGUGCAGUAUGCCUAUAAAGUCCAAGAUAUUGUAGAGCAUUUUGGGGUUUUGUUUACCUUGACGAUUUGUUACUCCCUUGACAAUUCAAAUAUAUAGGAGGUUGCUGAUCUCGGGGUACUAUAAAGAUGGCUGCUGAACUAGUCAACUCUGCUACAAGUGAGAAACUGGCUGAAACUGAUUGGAUGAAGAAUAUCCAAAUCUGUGAAUUAGUUGCUCAUGAUCAAAGGCAAGCAAAAGAGGUCAUAAAAGCGAUUAAAAAACGACUAGGAAAUAAAAAUGCAAAUGCACAACUUUAUGCAGUUUUGUUACUUGAAAUGUUGAUGAACAAUAUUGGAGAAGCAAUACAUAAGCAGGUGAUUGAUUCAGGGGUUCUCCCUAUUCUUGUGAAGAUAGUGAAGAAAAAGUCUGAUUUACCAGUGCGAGAGAGAAUAUUUCUUCUUCUAGAUGCCACACAGACAGCUCUUGGCGGUGCUUCUGGAAAGUUCCCUCAGUAUUAUUCAGCAUAUUAUGAUUUGGUGAGUGCCGGAGUCCAGUUUCCUCAAAGGCCUCCUGCAGUUUCAUCAAAUAGUCCUACCCAGCAGCAAAUUAAUAAUACUUCACAAAAUGGAGUAAUAAGAUUAUCUGAGCAGGAGAAUGUUGCUAGAGUGGAACCUCAGAUAUUAUCAGAAUCUAGUAUAAUUGAAAAGGCUGGCAAUGCAUUAGAAGUUCUGAAAGAAGUUCUUGAUGCUGUUGAUCCUCGACAUCCUGAGGGGGCAAGAGAUGAGUUUACUCUUGAUCUUGUAGAACAGUGUUCGUUUCAGAAGCAGAAACUAAUGCAUCUUGUGCUGUCUUCUCGGGACGAGAAGAUUGUCUGCGGUGCCAUUGAAUUGAAUGAGAAGCUCCAAAAGGUCCUUGCAAGACAUGAUGCCCUCCUCUCUGGUCAGUUUAUGUCGACUCAAAAUCAGUUCAACGGCGAAGAAGUUGGUAUGUCCAGAUUGCCUGCUAAUCAUUAUAACCAUGACGAAGGAGAAGAUGAAGAAGAGGCCGAUCAACUUUUCCGAAGGUUGCGAAAAGGAAAGGCUUGUGUAAGGCCUGAAGACGAAGAGGAUUCUUCAGAGGAGCGGCCGUCGUUGGGUUUGCUAGGAUUGUCAAUUCCAGUUGAACGAGCAAACCGUCCAAUCAUUCGACCUAUUGACGAGAAGGUGUCAACGACAUUGGAAAUACAGCAUGGUCAGGGUGUUUCAAUACCACCACCACCAGUAAAGCAUGCAGAAAGGGAGAAGUUCUUCAAGGAUAAAAAAAUAGAUGUUGGAGUUGGACAUAUGAGAGGGCUUUCUUUACACAGUCGUAAUGCUAGCAGCUCUCGCAGUGGAAGCAUAGAUUUCAACGAGUCAUGAAGGAGUGGUGUGAAGAAGUGUUUGGGAGUGCAAUUUUAUUUAUUUUCACUUCAACUCAUUAUUUGUAAAGUUGAGUCAUUUUUCUUUCUUUCUUUUCAAUGAGUUUGAUAUCUUUAAAUUAAGGUGUAAGGGCCAGGGACUUACUGAAUAUAUCCUUUAUUCCAUUCGUGUAUAAUUUUGUAAUUUAAAGGUGGUUAACUAUUUCAAGUUUGCUGAAGGUGAAAAAAGCCAAAGAAGGGCAAUCGAAAGACCUUUAUUUUUUUCUUUUUUUUAUUAUAAUGCCCGCAAAGACAUUUUUUGGUUUGA